GGGAGAGGUUCUGCGAAUUGGGACACAACUUCACACAGACGCACGCCGACAGAGGCGCAUUACAGUUAUGGAGUAAGACGUUUACAAACCGAGAGAUUCUUCUAAAGCGUGAAAAGAGACGAAAUGGAGACUUUAGGAAAAAGCGGAUUCCUUUUGACUUUCCUGAUUUCCUUGGGCUCGUGCUUGACGCCGGAUAAGAAAGUAUGUCAGGGGUCGAACAAUAGACUGACUCUGCUGAGCACUGAAGAUGAUCACUACCAGAACAUGGUGAAGAUGUACAGCAACUGCACCGUGAUCCUGGAGAACCUGGAAAUCACACACACCACACACACGCAUGAUCUGUCCUUUCUCAAGACCAUUGAAGAAGUUGGAGGCCAUGUUCUCAUAGCUUUGAACAAGGCAUCAGAAAUCCCACUGGACAACCUGCGCCUCAUCCGAGGCCACUCACUAUACGAUAAUGAAUUUGCCUUGGCAGUCUUGUUAAAUUAUAAUCAAACCAUAUUCAAAGGAUUGAAACAGCUGUCGCUCAACAGCCUCACCGAAAUACUCCGGGGUGGUGUGAAGUUUUCCAAUAACCAGCUCUUAUGUAAUGUGGAAACCAUCCAGUGGGCUGACAUUGUGAAAAAGAACAGCAAAGUAAUCGAACAUCUGCCCAAUUUAAAAGAAUUCUGUAAGAAGUGUGACCAAAGCUGUUAUAACGGCUCCUGUUGGGCUCCUGGCCCGACAAACUGCCAGACUUUCACAAAGCUGACAUGCGCUGAGCAGUGCUCCGGGAGAUGUAAAGGCCCCAAGCCCAGCGACUGCUGCAACGAACACUGUGCGUCCGGCUGCACCGGCCCGAGACCUACAGACUGCCUGGCCUGUAGGGCCUUCCAGGACGAUGAUACAUGCAAAGAUUCGUGUCCUCCUCUGAUGCUCUACGACCCCAACACACACCAGCUGGUCCCCAACCCGAAUGGGAAGUACAACUUCGGGGCCACGUGUGUGAAGAAGUGUCCACAUAACUAUGUGGUCACAGACCACGGCGCGUGUGUGCGAGCUUGCAGCCCUGGAACUUAUGAAGUGGACGAAGACGGGGUCAGGAAGUGUAAGAAGUGCGAGGGUCUGUGUCCGAAAGUGUGCUCUGGACUAGGUGUGGGCCAUCUAACUCACGUCAUGUCAGUCAACGCCAGCAACAUCGAUUCAUUCGAGAACUGCACGACUAUCAAUGGAGACAUCUCCAUCCUGAGGACAACGUUCCAAGGGGAUAAAUUUACUGGCACUCCGCCCCUGGAUCCCGCCAGACUCAACAUUUUCAAAACAGUGAAAGAAAUCACUGGCACGCUGCUGAUCCAGUGCUGGACGUCUGACCUGCCUUCUCUCAGCCCUUUUGAAAACCUGGAGGUGAUCCGUGGAAGAACCAAACACCAAGGUACGGUGAGUCUGGGUGUCAGUGGGACGGACAUAACGCACCUGGGGUUGCGCGCUCUGAGAGAGAUCAGCGACGGCGACGUAACCAUCAUACACAACAGCAAACUGUGCUACAGCAGUCCAAGUCACUGGAAGCUCCUGUUUAAAUCAGACACACAGACGGCCAAACUCGCGUAUAACACAGACGCCGCCACCUGUGUGGCGCAGAACCGGACCUGUGAUGAGAUGUGUACGUCUGACGGUUGCUGGGGUCCGGGGCCCGACAUGUGCUUCAGCUGCAUGAGCCACAGCCGCAAGAAACGCUGUGUAGCUUCCUGUAACCUCCUGGAGGGCGAGCCACGUGAAUGUGAGGUCAAUAAGACGUGUCUGGAGUGUGACCCCGAGUGCAAGCCUCUAAAUGGAACUCUGACCUGCACCGGGCCUGGUCCUGACAUGUGUGCAGUGUGUGUUAACUACAAAGACGGGCCACACUGCGUGUCACGCUGCCCGCAGGGUGUACCCGGGGAGAAGGACACACUCGUGUGGAAAUACCCGGACAGCAAUCUGGUGUGUCAGCUCUGCCACCCCAACUGCACCCAAGGAUGCACUGGACCAGAGCUUCAUGACUGCAAAGAUACAAGUGAUGCGAGCACGUCCAUCAUCGCCGCCAGCAUAGUCGGUGGACUCCUGGCUUUCGUCAUUCUCUGCCUGGCCGUGGCCGUGCUUAUCAGGAGACGGAAGAUCAAGCGGAAGAGAACACUGCGCAGAUUACUGCAGGAGAGAGAGCUAGUGGAGCCUCUCACUCCCAGCGGAGAAGCUCCAAACCAGGCUCUGCUGCGCGUCCUCAAAGAGACCGAGUUCAAGAAGAUCAAAGUGCUCGGCUCCGGAGCUUUCGGCACCGUGUACAAGGGUUUAUGGGUUCCCGAAGGAGAAGAUGUGAAGAUUCCCGUCGCCAUUAAGGUUUUACGUGAGGCCACGCUACAGAAAGCGAACAAGGAGAUCCUGGAUGAGGCCUAUGUGAUGGCGAGUGUGGAACACCCGCAUGUGUGCCGCCUGCUGGGUAUCUGCCUGACCUCCAACGUGCAGCUGGUGACCCAACUCAUGCCCUACGGCUGCCUGCUCGACUAUGUCAAGGCAAACAAGGACAAUAUUGGCUCGCAGCACCUGCUCAACUGGUGUGUGCAAAUCGCUAAGGGUAUGAACUACUUGGAAGAGCGCCACCUGGUGCACAGGGAUUUGGCCGCACGCAAUGUGCUAGUGAAAACCCCUCAGCAUGUGAAGAUCACUGACUUCGGCUUGGCCAAACUCCUGAACGCUGAUGAGAAAGAGUACCACGCGGACGGAGGGAAGGUGCCAAUAAAAUGGAUGGCCCUUGAAUCCAUCCUUCACCGGACCUACACGCAUCAAAGUGAUGUAUGGAGUUAUGGUGUGACUGUUUGGGAGCUGAUGACAUUCGGGUUGAAGCCUUACGACGGAAUUCCUGCCAGUGAAAUCGCCGGGGUCCUGGAGAAAGGAGAGAGACUCCCUCAGCCACCAAGCUGCACCAUUGACGUCUACAUGAUCAUGGUCAAAUGCUGGAUGAUUGACGCGGAAAGCAGACCAAGAUUCAGAGAGCUCAUUGCCGAGUUUUCCAAGAUGGCACGAGAUCCAACACGCUACCUGGUCAUUCAGGGCGAUGAGAAGAUGCACUUGCCCAGUCCCACAGACCCCAAAUUCUUCCGCAGUCUGAUGAGCGGGGUGGAUCUAGACGAGGUCGUGGAUGCCGAUGAGUAUUUAUUACCCAACCAUGGCUUCUUCAGCAGCCCCAGCACGUCUCGUACACAGCUACUGCACUCUUUGAGCCUGAACAGCAGCAUCGGGUCAUGCCAGAACAGGAACGGGGCUCUCGUGCCAGUGCGUGAGAACAGCGUCAUGCUGCGCUACAUCCCCGACCCCACUGAACGCUUCCUGGAUGGAGAUUUCCAGCCUGCCCCAGAAUACAUGAACCAGAAUGGCAGCGCUGUUGCAUCAGACAUGGCCAACCCCAUGUAUCAGCAUCCUGCACAUGGGACCCUGGACGAGACAGAGGAGGAGUACCUCAACUGCUUCAAAAACCCAGUGCUCGUCACGUCUUCUAAAUCCGCUCCCGAGUACCUAAACACCUCCCACUCUCAGAUGAUCUCCCCGCUCACAUCCAGCCAGAAGCAGCCGAAUGGGCAUGGCUACAUCACGCAGAACAGCAUCGACAAUCCCGACUAUCAGCAGGACUUCUUUCCGGUGGGGUCCAAGCCGAACGGGCACUUCCCGGCUGCAGAGAACUCUGAGUACAUGGGUGUGGAGGUGCACUAGAACUCUUCAGAAGGGUGUGGCCUCUUUAAAAACGACCUGACUGAACUGAUGGACGCAGGCUGUACUGAAGCGCUUUGGUUGAGGCUCUGAACUGCCAUGAACUUUUUAAGACUUUUUAUGUUUUCAGGUUUCUUCGGAGCUGGACGGUGGGGACGCAACACAAACCCAUCUGCCACAGACUGCAAAUCAGUGUCAGAAUUUGAAUUCUUUUUCAGGCAAAGUCUAACUGUGUUAAACUUCCAACCUUACAGAACUUUUAGGCCAAAUUUUAAGACACCUUGCACUUUUUUCCCACAUCUAUGACUGGUUGAGUGUGAAAGCGCUUCAUGAAUCCAAUCCAGGGUACACAUCUGGUCUGGAGGAGUGUAUCGGGAACGGGAUCUCAUGCAGGUAGUCAGAAAUGAGGGAACGGAUAGAUAGUGCGCAGUUGUGGUUGUUACUAUUAUUGAAUGACCAGUUUCUCCAUUUUGUACCAAUUCGGUCACGUGCCGAUUCCCACCCACCAGCUAUCAUACGACAGUUUCCAAGCAGGAAGCAUGAGGGCUAACACAUGAUCUUCUGCAUACAUGAGCUCCCAGACACCCACGAUGAUUGGCUAGUGUUGCUGUGAUUGACAGAUGAGAAAGAAUAGAAAGAAAAGAAUAAGCCCCUCCUACUCUUGAAAGCACAGCCAAUUUUACUCCCUUGGCGCCCAGACAUGGAUGACUGAACGACAUUUGGAUUUGAACUCUCAAAUCUUACGAUUAUAUGGUGAACUCUUUUUUUUCCGUAGCCUCAAUUUUAGCUUUUUUUUUUUGUCAGAAAAAACAGACGUCUUUGAAGAAUAAAGAGUUAAAGAUGAGCUGAGCGCAAAACAAAAUUUACUACUAGAAGUGAACGUCUUCUUUUUUUUUCCACAUCCCUUCAUCAUUUCCUGUUCGAGUGAAUUUUAUCAUCAGGUCAUGUUACUUCCUGUUUCAGGUUUUAUAAUGUCCAAGGGAAAGACUCUCAUACUGUGGUACACAUGGAGCCAAAAACACGACUCAAACAAAAUUUUAAGAAAAAGAUUUGUGGAUGGAAUUGUGCAGGUUUGAAUAUAAGGCUAAAUCAAUAAUAAUAAUAAUAAUAAUAAUAAUGUACAUACUCUGUGUAUCAACUUCCCUCACACUUCAGCAGAACUUAAAGCGAGACGGCCUUUCGAUUUCAUAAAAAUCGGUGAAAUUUAGUCCCCUCUGAAAUCUGGUCAUUGUGAUGUAUGUUUAUUUCUGUAAUGUCUAAAAAUGAUCAGGCCAUUCUGUUCUGUGGCUGGGAAGUUAUUUAAUUUGAGGGGAUUAAAGCAAAUAAUGUGCAUGAAAUCGCUCGCUUCGCGCAGUCAAGCAGACAGAGGAAGUCCGUGUGCGCAUGCGCAGGUUUACCUUCUUCUUUUGGGUUUUGCGGCAGCUGGCAUCCACAGUGUCGCAUUACUGCCAUCUACAGGUUCACCUUUGAGUGUGCACUGACAGUUCCAUCAUUCUGUCGCUAAACGAACAGCUGAUCACACCGAGGUGCUCGCUGAGCGCCAAUAUUUAUUAGUUUGGUCCUGCGUUUCCUUUCCUUCGUAUAUAACAUAACGUCUUUUCUUCUCGCUUUCUUUCCGUUACUGUAGUCGGUCUUUCACGUUUCAUUCGCACACUCACGUCCUCCAUUUUUCUCUCCUGUUUCAAAUUUGUAUCCCACAAUGCCUUGCGCGAACGGGGAAAGCCCACCACGUGACGCAUGACGUAGUAUCUUGUAUUGGGUCAUGGUGAAGCAGGAAAAAAAUAGCGGAGAAUUUAGGGCCACGUGGCUCUAAAUUCAUUAAUUGUUCCAAUUUUAUUAGUUUUAUUUUUCUAAAUAGAAGUCUGUGAUUCAAAUUCAGUAGCUUUCGGUCCACUAAACAAAAAUAAUUGGGUGUCGAGGAAAAUUCUUUUUACGACCUACACUUGAAUCUGAAAGGCAGUCUAGCAGAAGGUUCUGGGUUCGAGGCCGGCAAGGGCCUUUCUGUGCGGAGUUUGCAUGUUCUCCCCGUGUCCGCGUGGGUUUCUUCCGGGUGCUCCGGUUUCCCCCACAGUCCAAAGACAUGCGGUUAGGUUAAUAUGGGACGGCCUUGGGCUGAGGCGCCCUUGAGCGAGGCACUGAACUCCCAACUGCUCCCCGGGCGCUGUUAGCAUGGCUGCCUACUGCUCUGGGUAUGUGUGUGUGUGUGUGUGUGUGCUCAUUGCUCAUGUGUGUGUUCACUGCUUCAGAUGGGUUAAAUGCAGGGAGGAAUUUCACAAGUGUGUGAUGAAUAAAGUUGUGCUUUCUUUCUUUCUUUCGUUCUUUCUUUCUUUCUUUCGUUCUUUCUUUCUUUAAACUUAAAGAAUCAACCUGAUCAGAAAGGAGAACCUCAUCAUAAUGGCGCCUUCAUUUAAACUCCCAGAAUCAGACCUUUUUUUCUCUCUCUCUCUCUCUCUCUCUCUCUCGAAUGUGAAAACGUGAUUAAUAAACAAGCUUCAUGUAAUCCUGUACAUGCUGUGCUCUGUAGCAUGUGUAGCUUUCACUCGGUGAUCAAUCAUCAGAACACGGAGGCUGAGCCACACGUCUUCUCUGUGAUUCAAAAACAAGACAGCAGGAAAAACUUCACCGCCGUUUUAAUGCUGGAAAAGUGUUGGCUGGUCGAACAAGCCGCCAAGCGAUCGGUACGCUCAUAAGACUGACAAACACGGCUGAGGGUUUGGGUUUUGUUGUUUUUUUUUUCCUGUUAUCGCAUCUAUUAUUACAGCAUGUUAUUCUGCAUCAUACAAGCUGUGUACAGUCACACAACAUGUAUCCUUCCCUGUCUGUAAAUCGGAUCUCGUGUCAUUGUGUUGUACAACUCUUGAAAUUUUAUAUCGAAACACUAGUGAAAACUGUUCAAGCUUGCAAAGCUUUUUUUGUUGUUGUUGAAAACUUUAAGGUUGUGCUUAAGCGGUGUAAAAGAGAAAUAAAUGUGUGAUUAGUGUACAUACAGUAAGAUUUCUAGAUAGUCUUCAGUUGGGAAAAAUCUUUCUUUGUCUCACCUUUUGUCUUUUAAAAAAGUAUUCUUAUUAUUGGAACAUUGCUCCUUGAAGUUUUCACAUAUGUCCUCUUGAGUAUAAUUAUUACUUUUAAAAAGUAAACAGAAUAAAGUGUGUGCGUCUGUG